ACAAAGCCACCACUAGCACCGAAACCAAAGAUUACCGGUCAUCUUUCUCCAGUAGCUGUCUCCAAAUUUUCUCCUUCACUGCCAAGGGCUGAUAUUCUUCAUAACCCGAACUCUAUGUCUAGGGGCCCCAAACCACCUAUUGCUCCCAAGCCAAAAUUCUCAGCUGACACUGAGGGCAAAUCCAGUGUUUAUACCAACAAUAACUUAAAUAAAUGCUCAAAUGGGAAACUGGUAUGUCUAGAUGGAGAGCUGCAUGAAGGAAACCAAUGCAAUGCUGAUUGCCCAGAAUCUGAGGCAGAUAAUGAAUACAUUGUAGUUCCUGAAGCUCAGCUGACCAGCAAAGGCUGUAAUGACUUGGAACAUGAGCACGAUCAGAAUGUAGAUUCCUCUGUGGAAAAUGAAGUCUCGGAAACACCAGAAGAGGUAGAGAAGGAAGAGGAUAACAUUGCUAAUGAUGAGGAUACCAGUAAUGAAGAAGUCACCGAAGAUGAGCACCAUAACUCUUCAGAUAUUGCUGAACCAAUGGAACCAGACUCUGAAGAGUCAACCAGAGACUGUGACCAGUCAGAAGCACUUUGUGAGGAGUCCUCAGAUGCCCAUGAUGGGGAUAAUGAUGCUUCCAAGAAUGUAGAUGGAGAUGAGGAUGUUGUAGGUGAUUGUAGUGAAACCAAAAACAAGGACGAAGUUUCUAACAACCUGGAACUGGUUAAGGACAAUAGUGAUUGUAAGACUGAUAGUGAUAACAUUUUGCAUAGAGAUGAGGAACUAAUGGGUGAUAUCUGUAAAGAUACCAUUGUAAUGCCAUUACCCGCAGGUGAAUCAAUCCCAGGUUGUGAGAAGGCAGGGCAGGAGGAGGAGGAACUGCCUGAGAUUUUAGAAAAGGGAGAUGGGUGUCUAGCACAUGAUGGUGACCACAGAGUGCAUGCAGAGCUUGAUUUGAACAUGGAAGGGGAGUUAGAAAAUGAUGACUGUGCAAGCCCUGACAUGGUGCUCAAUGAGGCCAGUGAAGAAAAAGCUCCUGGCUUAGAACUGUGUGAAGAUGAACCCAAUGCUGAAAAUGGUUUAGGAGAGUCCAUCCAUCAAGCAGCAGCUGAAGUGGAGGAAACAGACCCAGAUGAGCACAAUAAUACAAACACAGAAAAUGCCAGUGAUGGCUGCCAGAUCACUGAGAGGAGAGGUGAGGAGAAGACAUCAGAGGUAGCCUGUGAAGCAAGUAAAGACCCUGGGAAAGGGGAAGAAGAAACUGUGAAUGCAGAGAAUAUGGAUGAUGGCUGUCAAAUUGCUCCUUGUGAGAAUGAAUGUGGUGAGGAAAUACCCAUGGAACAUUCAGAUGAGAAUCUUCAAACAGAAGAGACCUCUCUGGAUGAAGAUGGUGUGAUCUCUGAUAAUCUACCUAGUAGUCCAGGGAUAGAGCCAGAGCUGGAAGAUGUGACUGUUGAAGAGCAUAGUGAAAGUAUUGUGGAAACCUCUAAGUCAGAUGAGCUGCAACUUGAAGACAAUGAGGUGGAAGCAAACAGCCUCAGCAAAAGUGUCCCAAGUCCACCUCAACAGGUCCCACUUGAGGAAGAGUUAGAAGUCUGUAAGCAUGGCAAAAUGAAUGUAGAAUGUGGGACCAAACAUGUCUUGCCUGAAAAUCUAGCAGUCCCUGAAGUGGUCAUUGUGCCUGAAGAAUCAGAGGAAAGAGAAACUAGCGGUGAUUCCCUAGAUGACCCUUACGUGCUUCCCGCAGAAAAUGAAAUUGCUCAUGAUGGACAGACUGAUUUAGGAGCUGAUCACAGUAAAAGGGAUGAAUUAGGCAUGGAUGGUGAAAACAACUUGCUGCCCAUUGAUCGUAAAAGCAUUGUCACUAGAACACGGUCACUCUCUGGGAAAAUGCCGGGCUGUGUCCCAGAAACCGUUCCAGAAGAAACUGGACCUGAAACUGAUUUACCGUCUUCCCGCAAUGGCUCUAGGACAGAAGAUUUAAGCAAUAAUUUAUUUUCAGUGGAAGGAAAACCAAUGGAAGCCAACAGGGCAUUACCAACCAAGUCAAGACGUUUCAUUUUGUAUCCUCGAUCUUAUUCUGUUGAAGGGAGAGAGAUACCUGUCUCUGUUUACAGAGAAAGUGAUGGCUGUGUACUGGAUGAUGGUAGAAUAAAAAGGACAGAAGACAACUUGUCUUUGCCUUGUGUCAAUGGUUCCUCAGGUAGUUUUUCCCAGAGAAAUCAUCUUUCAUCAUGUGGCAUAUCUACUCCAUCCUCAGUUGUUGAUAUACCACCUCCUUUUGAACUUGCCUACAUCACCAAAAAGCCAAUCACUAAAAGUUCACCUUCACUUUUGAUAGAGAAUGACUCACCUGAUAAAUAUUCCAAGAAAAAGAAAUCUUCCUUUAAGAGGUUCCUCACUCUAAAAUUCAAGAAGAAAACUGAAAGUAAAGUCCAUGUAGAUGUUAAUGUUUCCUCUUCCAGGUCCUCAUCAGAGUCUAGCUAUCAUGGGCCUCCAAGGCUGAUGGAGCUGGACAGGAGGAGCCUAAGUAGCUCACCUCAACUAAAAUCACAUGUGGGGAAGCUCCGUGCAUCUGAGUCUCCCUCAGCUGUUCUUUUCUAUAAGGAUGGUAAAAGAUAUGAAAACAUACAAAUUCCUCCUCGAAGAUCCACCAGAGCAGGAACUUUUACUGAGUUUUUUGAAGAUCCCAGCAGGGCAUUAUCUGCUGCUAAUGAGAAUGACGGCUAUGUGGAUAUGAGCAGCUUCACUGGCUUUGAGAACAAGCAGCAAACCACAGACCAGGAAACAGAAAGUGCCUACACUGAGCCCUACAAGGUGUGCCCAGUCUCUGUGGUACCCGUGGAGGUCGUCACGUCAGAUGAAGAACAGAAGAGUUCAGAAGACGAAGAGAGCAGCCUGGGUGAUCCCAGCCUCAUCAACAAGAAAGAAGGCCAGUCCAGAGCUUACCUCAUUGCCCAGGAGCUGAUGUCUUCAGAAAAAGUAUACGUGGAGAUGCUCCAGCUGUUAUGUAUGGAUUUCUAUGAAGAUAUCUUGAAAGUGCUUGGAGAAGAAGAUGAAAAUGAACAGGAAGAAGUUAAGCUCAAGCAGGGCUUAAGUGAACUCCCUGAAAUUUAUGAAUUACACCAAGACAUCCUGGGAGAACUGGAAGAAAGAGUCCUUAAAUGGGAGGAACACCAGAAAGUUGCUGAUGUUUUUCUCUCCAGAAAAUCAAGGCUGAAUCACCACACAGCAUACAUUAUGCAGUUUGAUAGGAAUUUGGCUUUGCUAGAUGAAACCUGCCUUAAAUAUUCCCAACUGGCUACCAUAAUUCAGGAGUUUGAGCAGAGCUCUGGUAGCAGCCCUCAGAGUGUGAAACACCAGCUUUUGAAAGUGGUGCAGCGUGUCUUCCAGUAUCGUGUGCUGCUCACAGAUUACUUGAAUAAUCUUUGCCCUGAUUCUACAGAGUAUGAAGCCACACAAGCUGCCUUAUUCAUUGUUUCUGAAAUCACGGACCGAGCCAACGACAGCAUGCUCCAAGCGGAAAACUUGCAGAAGCUGGUACACAUUGAGCACAGUGUGAGAGGGCAGAGUGGCCUCCUCCAGCCAGGAAGGAUCUUUGUUAAAGAGGGAACACUGAUGAAAAUCUCUGGCAAGAAUAGGCACCCUCGGCAUUUGUUCUUGAUGAAUGAUGUUCUGCUGUACACAUAUCCCCAGAAGGAUGGCAAAUACCGACUGAAAAACACCUUGGCUGUGUCAGGCAUGAAGGUCAGCCGCCCAGUGACAGAAAAAGCCCAAAACGUCCUGAAGAUUGAAUAUGACGAAUAUUGCCUGACCCUGUCAGCAAGCUCUUGCUCAGAAAGGGAUGACUGGUACAGCUGCAUCAGCAGACACAUCCCAGAUGACUACAAAGCUCACAACACUUCCACUUUUCACAGCAGCGUGGAGCUAAGAGAAAGGCUUGGAAUACCCUUGGGUGAGAGGCCUCCUACUUUGGUACCUGUGUCCCAUGUCAUGAUGUGCAUGAACUGCGGCUGUGACUUUACCCUCACUUUGAGGCGACAUCAUUGCCACGCCUGUGGGAAGAUUAUAUGUCGAAAUUGUUCAAGAAACAAGUACCCUAUGAAGUACCUCAAAGAUCAAGCAGCCAAAGUCUGUGAUAGCUGCUAUGUGGAACUUAAGAAAAGAGAGCGGCCACUAAGUGUGAGCUUCCCUCCAACUUCAUCCAGGUGUUCAAGCAGUGCCUUCUCCUCUGUUUUCCACAAUAUUCAUUAUUCAUCUUUUAAGAAACAGAAGAAGAUCCCUUCAGCUCUUAUGGAGGUGGCAGCCUCAGGAGAGGGAGCUACCAUCAGUGGUUACCUCAGCAGAUGUAAGAGAGGCAAAAGACACUGGAAGAAACGCUGGUUUGUUAUCAAAGGCAAAGUCCUCUACACCUACAUAGCAAACGAGGACAAAGUUGCCACAGAAAGUUUGCCUUUGUUGGGUUUCACCAUUGCCCCAGAAAAGGAGGAAGGAAGUAUGGAUACAGUUUUCCAUCUCUACCACAAGCAGACUCUCUUUUAUAGCUUCCGAGCAGAGGAUAACAAUUCAGCACAGAGGUGGAUUGAAGCCAUGGAAGAAGCAUCCAUAUUAUAGCAGCUAUCACUCAAUGGACUUGGAAUAAAUUGUCAGAUUUCUAUACAUUCGCAGCAACCCUCUUCUGUCUUACAAAACUGAACAGUGUAUUUCAGGCAAACUGGCUACAUACACUGGAUAUGAACUGUUUCCAAAUUGCUCUUUUUGCUUCCUUCUUCUUACAUCCGCAUUUUUGCAAAUGGAAACUUUAAAAUAGAGAAUAUUUAUGGUGAUCUUUGUCUGUGCAAGUUCAACCCAUACUAUAAGCUUCUCCUGUGAUCCCACAGUAAACUAAGUCUAACAUCAAGACAAGAAAAUACAUGGAAAUACUGACUACAGUAAGUAACAGGCUCAGUUUUACUUACUCUAGAGCACUAUCAUAUUUCAUUGGGUUGGUUUUGAUGUCUACCAUGAAAUGAGAAACAAUGUAGUAAACAACAAAUGCUCAUUUAAAGCACUUUAUUAUUUUUAUUGAACUACAGCUUCAUUUUUUCAUGUUUCUAAGGAGUUCUGUGGCCUGAUUUAUUACUCAUCCAUUAACAAGUGCCAGCAUGAAAUUAUGCCCCGCAUAUGCUAAAUUGCUUUCACAGAAAAUGAACGAACAACACAUUCGAUUUACCUGGUCUACCAACAUUUCACUAGCUAUGAUCCAGGAUAAUUACUUACUAUCAAUUUAUAAUUUUACACAGAUCACGGUAUAAUUUAUUUUAAAGGGUUUAAUUUCAUACCACUGCAGUACUUUGAAAUGCACUCCAGUAGCUCUACAAAUCCAGACGUUCAAUAAUUUCACUUCUCCCUAAAUACUGCAGACUCAAACCCAAAGGUUAUUUUUAAUUUAUUAUAAACCUACAGACAGUUUUUAUUUAACACUAGUCUACCUAGUAGUGUUACGAUUUUUAUCAUCUAUUUAAAUAGUCUAUCUUUUAUUUUCAAAGCUCCUGUUGUUUCUGCUGUUCUUGCUAUGAAAAAUGUCAUCAAAAGUUUAAUCCAUAUAACCAGCGCACCAUUUGAAAUAUGCUGGUGGGCUGAAAUGCACUUAUCUGAACCCGCUCUGCUGGAGUGCUUUGGAACUCCUGUGGCUAAACGUAUCUUACAUCAGACUACUGUUGUGCACUACAUCGCCAGGGCUGGAUUCUCACCAGCCAAGUGUCUGUAUGACUUCAAAGAUGCUGUGCUGCUUUACACCAGCUGAGGAUAUAGAUCUCUGGAGUUUGGGGUUUUGGUUUUUUGUUGUUUUGGUGUGGGUUUUUUUGUUUUUAGUGUUUUGUUGGUUUUUUUUUUUAAUAAAGAAGGUGGAGAAGUGGUGUUCUAAUCAUUGCAAUAAAAUGGUUUUGAGUCCUAUAUUUGUCAUAAUAAUUGACUGAGGAAUAGAAUGGCAUUUAUGAUUAAAAUAUAGCUUUGUAUAAAAAUACCAUGUUCAAGAAUUUACAUACAUUAAAAUAUAUUGGGGGGGAUUUUUAUUACUUUCAUUUUUCCCUUUCUUCAAGAAGCUUAAUGGAUAUCUAAUUUUUGACCCUAACAAACUGUUUAGAAUUGUCCGCAUUUUUAAAGGCCUAUAAUAUGUAUCCAAAUGAUAAAGGUAGUUCAGUUUAUCACCUGGAAGAACAAGCUUAAAAACCCAAAUACACACCUACCACUAAAUAAAAAAAUAUAGUUGUUCUGGGGUUUUUUGAUACAUCCGAGUCUCAUAGUUUCAUAAAGCAUAGGUUAUCAUAUGCAAACAGAAACCAAGUAUGAGAAAAGUAAAACUUUUGUAUUCUUUAGUUAAUGGAUGAACACCAAUGUUAACUCUUUGUUUCACAUUAGAAUCAUGGCCUUGCUACCAAUACACUGUAAAUGUUUAUCUCCCCUUAAAAACAUUUUGCACUGACAAAAAAAUAACAAGAAUGUUGAAGAUCUCUAGAGUAAGAUCUCUAACCAUGGUCCCAAACAUAACAAAACCGCACUACAGAACAACAGUAUUAUGAAGAUUAGGUGCUGACAUUUAGUGACUGUUGUAUGAAGUUUUCAGUUACAAGCAGGAAAUGAGUACAUGAAAAUAUUUUGUUGUAAAAAAUAAGAUACAGUGCUAUUAAACAUUGUUUUAAGUAACGUGGAAAAAUAAAAGAGCAAAACAUAACUGCAGUUCUACAGGCUUUUCCUUUACAUUAUUUUCCCUUCUUUAAUUCCAGCUUUGCAGUUCCAGUUACUGUUAACAGACACUUACCUAUUAACGAAUUCUCU